AUGUUGCCCUCAUCUCAAGUCCAAAACAAACGUCAGGGUUCGGACAUCCCUAUGGACACCUUUGUGGACACUGACGAGAGCUGGGAUGCAGAUGACGAGGCCUCUGACUCAGACAGCCCUACCGAUGCUUUCAACUUGAUGCCGAUGUCAGAGGUACUAGGACUCAAGUCCAAAAAAGAGGUCCCCCGCUUAUUUCGUUUCAGAGUCCGCCGUGAGGAAGACAAGUUCCUAGGUGCCUCGGGUAAGUCUGAUGGCUGGAUUAACAUCUCUCAUUUCCUCUGGACCAUGUGUGCUACUCUUGCAGAUGCCGGCAGUGAUCGGGAAUGGACAGCGACAUUCGAGAAAUACCGACCCCAGUGGAAUAAGAUCCAGGUGCAGGUGAAGAGAUACGGUUUUACUCAGUUUUCCUCUGAGAUCCCUCCUGCGCCUGUUGAUCUCGCGUUGGUCCAAUUCUUUGGGACACAGUAUGACGGACAGGUCAGGGGAUUCGAGAUCGAACAAGAGGAUCUCAAUACUGUCCCUGAUUCUCAGGAUAUCUGGACACUCUGGCGAUAUAUUAUUGAGACACCCGCAGAUCAGAUCAAAGAGUUUAACGUUACACUCAGGGAUACUGGAAAGCUUAUGGGUCAGUAG